GUCGAUGUUCCCUCCACUUUCCACAUCUCCUCGUUCCACAUCUCAUUCAACAUUUCAUUCCACAAUCCACAAUGGCAGACAUAACCCCACCGUCAUCACAGCAGAACACUCCACAGCGCACUAUCGACAACUCGCUCGCCAAUCCCGAUCCAGCCGCGAUGGACGUCGAUCUCGACGAAGACUUGGAGAGCAUCGCAAGUGAGGGCAGCGACAAGAUCUCGGUCCCGUCUGGCGCAGAGAGGGCGAACCAAGUGCGACAGGCGGUUGAGGCGGAUGCUGAUGAGAGUGGAGACGAAGGCGACGAGGAGGUUGAAGCCGAGGACGAGGCCGGGGCUGAGGAGAAGGGUAAAGUCGAGAAGAAGGAUAAAGCGCCUCUCGGCGGUCCUACCAAGAAACGGACAAAACGACCAUUCAAGGGCCAGUCUUUGUCAACACAUCCGCACUCGCAUGCUGCCCGUCCCCGUCCGCGGACAGAAGGUCCUCAUAAGGCCGACGGCAGUCUUUUCGACUCUGAGAUCGUGGCGAGGUGGAAUGCAGACUUUGGCGAUGUCUUGAGUCCAAGUCCACCUUGUAGCAACACCCGAGCUGCACCCGUACCUGCUCAAGCAGCACAAUCAUAACCCACCAUGAACAUACGAUUAAUUCAUCUUUUUGUAAAUCAUAGACGAUUUUCCAUUUCCAUGCCAUGCAAAGCCAUUGUAAA